AUGAAAUUCUUCUGUCAUUUCUUUUGUAUUCGAAACAGUGAACGCGAACGUGUCAUUGAUCUUUUAUUGAACAGUUUGGACAUGACAAGACACAAGAACCGUGUUGUUAGUGAGUUAUCAGCAGGUUUGAAACAGAAAUUAUCAGUUGCAAUCGCGUUCAUGUUAGAAUCAAAAAUCAUUGUUUUGGAUGAACCUACAUCAGUUCUCGAUCCAAUCAGUCGUCGAAAAGUUCAUCAUCUUAUCAACAUGUACAAAGGAUCGAAAACAUUUAUCUUGUGCACACAUAUCAUUGAAGAAGCAGAGAGUCUUUGUGAUGAGAUCACAAUCAUGAUUGAUGGCUGUAUCCACACUAUUGGAUCACCAACAUAUUUGUCUAACAAAUUCGGUAAAGAGUGGAAGUUUGAUUUGAUCUUGACAAAUGGAGAUUCAACAACAAUCAAUAUUGUUGAAGAAUACAUCAAUAAUAACAUCAAAACAGCUAAACAACUCAUUAAACAUCACAGCUCUAUCAUUUACACAGUUCCUUCGAAUGAUAUCAGUAUUGCAGAUUUAUUCACAAAGUUGAAUGUUUUGAAGAAUGAAGAACACGUUUUGAAGUAUUACACAUGCACAUCUUCAACUAUUGAGAAUGUUUUCACUAAACUUAUUGAUGAAGCACACUCAAAUAAUUCUAACAAUGAAACACGCGAAUCUGACGAAAUGGCUUCAUUAAACAUCUAA